CCACCUGAGCGUUUUUCCAUAAGAACAUUUACCACCAAAUUGGAAAUCCUGGAAACUUUUAAACAAUUUGUUAAACCGUUGUUCUUUCAUCCGAAAUAUCCUUUGGCAACUGUAUUUGUAGUUCCUGAUAGAAGAUGUAUUCCGAUAACUUUGCAGAGUAGUAGUGGUAGCCUGGUAAAUGGUGCACUGGUGUACAGACGACUUCAUGUAUUUGCUCAAGAUCAUUCUUCGUCUUUGGAAGCAAUAAAAGAAUUUUUAAACAAACACAAUUUUGUUAAAAAAUUCGCUUUAUUUCAAUGUACAUCAGUAUUUUUAAAGGAAAAGUACAUUAUAGAAGCAGUUCAUAAAUUUAAUUUUCAUCCAUGUGUAUUCGCCGCUAAAAGGUCACACAAGUUAAGAUGGAAACAGCUUGGAACUAAUUUAAUUAUUCCUCUAAAUUUCAAUCCCUUUCAUAGACCAAGGCGACAGGAUUGGGACGGAGAACUUGAUGAAACUGGAAUGUUUUAUUUUGCAACUAAACAAUUAGUUAACAAAAAUAGUUUACAAAACAAUAGGUGUGCAAUAGUAGAGGUCGAUGCCCAAGAUGCAGUCGAGAUUGAUAAUAUGAAUGAUUUAAAAAUGGCGCAAUGUAUGCUUAAGUGACUGAAUAAAAAACAUUAUAAUUUUGUUUAAUAUAUCAACUGUGGUGAUCGUGUAACUUCUGACAGUUCAAUUAUUUAAAUAGUUCUGCAGUAUUACAAUGAAUUUUAGCGCAAAAAUUGAUUUUAUUGAAUUAUUUAAAUAGUUCUGCAGUAUUGCAAUGAAUUUUAGCGCAAAAAUUGAUUUUAUGCACUAGAAUCUUAAAAAAAAUAAAAUUUAUAAUUGUUUAUUUACUUGUGAUUAGAAUUUGGAGAUUCUCAGACUUUUCAUUUCCCCGGGAAACGGGAAUAAAAAAAUUCGUUUCCCGGGAUUCCCAGUAACAUUGUAAAACUUAAUUUAUAAUAAUAACAAUACUUUUUAACAAAACAACACUUGUAUAAAUUUAAAAAUAAAUAAAAUAUUCUGUAUUUAAAAAAAUCAGUUGCACUAUACAAAGAAGGUUCACUUUAAAGGGAUCAGAAAGAGAUUAAUAAACAAUGUAAUUUGGAUGUUAUUACAAUAUUUUGAAGAGUUAUUAAAUGGUAAAUAAAUUUAAUUGAUUUGUAGAAAAUAACUAUUAAAAUUGAGAUUUUUCAUUUGAAAUUCGGCUAUAAUAAUUGAAACUAAUACUUUCUUUGUUCAAAAUGUAUUGAGUUAGUGCUGAUGUUUGUAACACACAAUUUUAUUAUAUUUAGAAUAUAAAAACCUUUUUUUAAAGUAACAGUUUUAUAAGCGGCUUGAGUGUGCUUCAAUAAAAAGCCUCCUUCAUAAUUUGACUUAAAUGUUCACAAUUCCU